CCGAUCCGAGUCUGUGAUAUCCACGAUCCACCCACAUGCAUCUUCAGAUCCGAUUGAUUUGAACUGGGAUCAGGGGUUUACAACUCUGACUGGGGUCAAUAAUACUCCCUUUGAAAUUAUUAUUUUCUGUUUGGUCUUCACUCCGGCCUGUAACAUUCUCGCCGAUACCUUCAGUCAUGGCGGCGGAGGCAGCAUUUUAUCCACCGAACCCCGCGGUGACGGAAAGGGCCCACGUGAAAAGCAAUGAGGAAUACAAGGAGAUGUAUCAGCGUUCCAUUGAUGAUCCAGACAGUUUCUGGUCAGACAUAGCUGACGGGUUCUAUUGGAAACAGCGCAGUACCAACAAGCACUCCGAGAACCUGGAUGUUCGCAAUGGCCGGGUUGAAGUGGAGUGGAUGAAGGGUAGCUCAACAAACAUUUGUUACAAUGUCUUGGAUCGUCACGUGAAGAGUGGCUCCGGAAGCAAGGUUGCAUUCUUCUGGGAAGGAAAUGAUCCAGCGGACAGCAGUAAAAUAACUUACGAAGAGCUCCUCAAGGAAGUUUGUAAAUUCAGCAAUGUGUUGAAAGGAAAAGGCGUGAAGCGUGGUGAUCGCGUUGCCAUUUAUCUACCGAUGAUCGUUGAGCUGGUGAUCGCCAUGUUGGCUUGUGCCAGGCUUGGUGCUGUACAUUCCAUAGUGUUCAGUGGAUUCUCAUCAGACUCGCUCGCCGAGCGCAUUUUGGACAGCCAAGCCAAGAUUCUGAUCACAUCGGAUGGCGUGUAUCGCGGUGACAAGCUCAUCCCGCUGAAGGACAUUGCGGACGGUGCCGUGGAGAUCUGCCAGAAAGCGAAUUUUGAACUGAAGCAUUGCGUCGUUGUACGGCAUUGUAUCGAGCGCAUGAACAAGGACAGGACCAAUGGGGUAGCUAAUGGAGCUUCUUCAACAGAUGCGAUCAAAUGGAAUCAGUCACUUGACUUAUGGUGGCAUGAUCUAAUGGAUGGUGCUGAUGAAUGGUGUGAACCGGAGUGGCUGGACGCCGAGGACCCUCUGUUCAUGUUGUACACGAGUGGUAGUACUGGCCGUCCCAAAGGUGUGCUGCACACGUGCGGUGGCUACAUGCUCUGGGCGGCCACCACGUUCAAGUACAGCUUUGACUAUCAUGAAGAUGAUGUUUACUUCUGCACGGCGGAUAUCGGCUGGAUCACCGGCCAUUCCUACAUCACCUACGGGCCAUUGGCAAACGGAGCUACUAGCGUCUUGUUUGAGGGUGUUCCAACGUUCCCCGAUGCCAGUCGCUACUGGGCAAUUGUGGACAAAUACAACGUCAGCAAGUUCUACACAGCACCCACAGCUGUACGCGCGCUAAUGACGUUUGGUACUGAGCCCGUCAAGAAGUACAAGCGCACGUCACUUCAGGUCCUGGGUACAGUCGGAGAGCCGAUCAACCCCGAGGCGUGGCUGUUCUAUUACAAUGUGAUUGGUGAUGGUCGGUGCUCCAUAGCCGAUACCUGGUGGCAGACGGAGACUGGAGGUCACAUGAUCACGACACUGCCCGGUGCUACACCCAUGAAACCAGGUGCUGCUGGUCUGCCCUUCUUUGGUAUCAAGCCUGUCAUUGUUAAUGACAAGAAUGAGGAGCUACAUGGGCCUUGUGAAGGAUACUUGUGCAUCAAGCAGUCGUGGCCUGGGAUCAUGAGGACCCUGUUUGGAAAUCACGAGCGGUAUGAAGAUGUUUACUUCAAACCAUUCCCAGGAUACUACUAUUCCGGUGAUGGCUGCAGGCGAGAUGAAAGUGGCUACUAUUGGUUGACCGGGCGCAGUGACGAUGUUCUGAACGUCUCGGGCCACCGUAUUGGCACGGCAGAGAUCGAGAGUGCGCUGGUGGAGCAUGAUUCUGUCUGUGAAGCUGCAGUGGUUGGUAUGGAUCAUGAACUGAAGGGUCAGGCUCUCUUCUGCUUUGUGACACUAGCAGCAGGAAUUGAUUUCACUAGUGAGCUGGCUGGUCAACUAAAGCAGCAAGUGCGGCGGAAGGUGGGACCGUUUGCGAGUCCCGACUACAUUCAGGAAGCACCUGGCUUGCCGAAGACUCGCUCUGGCAAGAUCAUGCGCCGUAUCCUACGCAAGCUGGCCAUCGGCAGUGACGACCAUGGUGACAUCUCCACCUUGGCCGACCCAGCAGUCGUGGCCCAGCUGAGCAAGGGCCGGAGUUUGGCUAUCCGUGUCGCCGCCUCCUAGUUUCCCCUGCUGUGUCGCCUCGUUUUAUUUGGAUCCGCUGAAUGUUGGAAGUGUGACAACGCUGGUCGAUUGUCUUUUUUGCUCGUCUGUCUGUAUUUUUUUGCCCUCUCCCCCCAAGCUUGUUAUCUAUUUCACCCAACUGUCACUAGCGAGCAGUGAGUGUUUACCGGUUCUGCAUCAUGUGUCCCUGGCUUCACAGCGGAUGGAGUGGCAGUGUAGGCCCCAGCACGCAUCCCAAGAGCUACUCUUCUAGGGAAUGGAAAGAGGGCACUUCUUGCUUUUUGUCUUGGCUGUAUAAUUACUUUGAGACGUGUACCAGGGCAAUAUCAAUAGUGCUACUCUUUAGCCAUGCUGACGCCUCUCUCUCUCUCUCUCUCUCUCUCUCUCUCUCUCUCUCUCUCUCUCUCUCCCCCCCCCCCCACGCUUGGCUGUGGCCAUGUUCAACAUGAUGGCAUUGUCGAAAUGAUAGAUCUCAGAGUAACGUUAUACAAAUGCAUGCAUUUUAUUGUGAACUUCAAAUGGAACCCGUCACCUCUGCGACCUGAACUGUCUAUUUUUUUUUAAAUAGUUUCUUCAGUGGUUCCGUCAUGCUGUCUUCUCUCUAACCAUCAACAUAUCAAUUCAUUGAAUCAGUUCUCUAGAAAACACAAGUCAGUAGGAGAAAAAAAUCAUGAAAUCACUAUACUUCUUCACAAUUUCUCUGAAGAAGUAAAUAAUAACAAUAAUAAUAAAAAAAAGUUGAAUCUAUGA